UAGUUACUUCUCAGUAAAAACUAAAAACCAAAAAUCAGCAUACUUGACAUCAAUUGAGCGAUUGUUAUUAGUAACUAAAUAUGAUCACAAUCCCAGAAAAAUUGGGCUCGGUUGGCAAGAGCAGGUGGCAUUCUUUGAUGACAAUUCUUUGGAGCUUGAAAAUGCCACCAAGAGCAGAAGUGAAGGGAAUGGACCAAAUUCUGCAUAACCCGUUCGAGUUCCAGAAAUUAAAGGAAAGAACCAAACUAAAUCCCAUGCUUCAUUCGAUGAUCAAAAGCGAAUUCUCGAAAAAAAAACUGUUCGUAGGAAGUGAGAAGUCCCAAACUUCACGGUUUCACGAAACCUACAGAGAGGCGAGCGGCGAGAUGGUGUGGCGGGGGAAUGAGCGGACGACGGGGUCUAAUGCGGCGAAGAUCUUGAAGGAUGAGCGCUGGCGGCGGGUGCGGCGGCAAGACCGGGAUGCCAGAGGGAUCGUCGUUCCUCUCGGAGAGGAAGAGGAUGAGCAGCGGUGGGCGAGUUUUUGUGGCUGAAAAGAUAAUGGAACGGUUGAAUGGCGAGUAGGGUUGGGGCCUUGUGGAGGGGUUGAAAAAAAUAAACAUAAUUUUCGUAUGUGAGGGGGCUUGAACUGGGGGUUAGUUUAAUGAAAUCAAUGACACAAC